ACUGCGAAGUUGUCAACGUCAGUUGUACAGCGUCACCAAAAGAUGGCGGCUACCAGGAAGAGGUGGGAUUGGGAGCUGGUGACAUUACAGUAGUUGCCUGUGUGUGAGAGAGAUAGUGAAUGGGAUGCUUCUGUAGUGUUUCUGCUCCCAUUGUGUGUGCGGGUGAGAAUCGGCCCGAUGAGUCGUGUCGAAGGUGGUGGAGAGAGGUUCUUAUCCUCUGUCCUGCUAAGCUGGAUGCUGCUGCUUACUGUGACCUGUCUUGGGUUGGGGAUGGCGAGGGCGAUGGAGAAAGAGGAGAAGCGCCAACUCAGAGAUCAAGUAUUGGAGAUGUUUGAUCACGCAUAUCAAAAUUACAUGGAACAUGCUUAUCCAGCUGAUGAACUAAUGCCUCUGACAUGUCGUGGUCGUGUGCGUGGUCUGGAACCUAGUCGUGGUGACGUGGAUGAUGCGCUUGGCAAAUUUUCUUUGACUUUAGUUGAUACUCUGGACACCCUUGCACUGCUGAAUCAAAUAGAAGAAUUUGAAGUUGCUGUGAAGAAGGUUAUAAAUGAUGUUCACUUGGAUAAUGAUAUUGUAGUCUCAGUCUUUGAGACCAAUAUUAGGGUGCUUGGGGGUUUGCUGGGAGGCCACACUAUGGCUCUUAUACUGAAAGAUCAAGGUGAGCAGAUGCAAUGGUAUAAUGAUGAGCUCCUCGACAUGGCAAAGGAACUUGGGUACAGGUUACUGCCAGCGUUCAACACUACCAGUGGACUUCCCUACCCCAGGGUCAAUUUGAAAUAUGGGUUGAGGCGACCUGAAGCCAAAACAGGUACAGAGACAGACACCUGUACAGCCUGUGCAGGGACCCUUAUUCUGGAGUUUGCAGCUCUUAGCAGACUUUCUGGGGAUCCAGUUUUUGAGCAACAUGCACGGAAAGCCCUAGACUUUUUGUGGGAAAAAAGACAGCGCAACAGCAACCUGGUGGGAACAACCAUCAAUAUCCACACUGGAGACUGGGUUCGCAGGGAUAGUGGAGUUGGAGCUGGGAUUGAUUCGUAUUAUGAGUACCUCUUCAAAGCAUACAUUCUACUUGGUGAUGAUGGUUAUUUACAGAGAUUCAACACUCACUAUGCUGCCAUCAUGAAGUAUAUAAGUCAGCCCCCACUCUUGCUGGAUGUUCACAUACAUAAGCCAAUGCUCAAUGCACGGACAUGGAUGGAUGCCUUGCUAGCAUUUUUCCCAGGCCUCCAGGUGUUGAAAGGAGAUAUUCGCCCAGCCAUAGAGACACAUGAGAUGUUGUACCAAGUUACGAAAAAACACAACUUCUUGCCAGAGGCUUUUACCACUGAUUUUAGGGUUCACUGGGCUCAGCAUCCACUCAGACCUGAAUUUGCUGAAAGCACUUACUUCCUAUACAAGGCUACAGGUGACAAAUAUUACUUGGAGGUGGGAAAGACCAUCAUUGAGAACCUGAAUAAGUAUGCUCGUGUACCAUGUGGCUUUGCAGCAAUGAAAGAUGUUCGUACAGGAAGCCAUGAAGACAGAAUGGAUUCCUUUUUCUUGGCUGAAAUGUUUAAAUAUCUGUACCUGCUCUUUGCGGAGAAAGAUGACGUCCUCUUUGACGUUGAGGAUUAUAUCUUCACCACUGAGGCCCAUCUAUUGCCACUUUGGCUCUCUACAAACUUUACCAAGAAUAGGAAUAAUCAGACGGCAGGUUACAUAGAUUUGGAUGACAACAACUUUGACUGGUCUUGCCCUAAUACACAGGUUCUGUUUCCAAAUGAUCCCUCUUAUGCUAACAGCAUUCGUGAACUUUUUAAAAAUGUGGUGGACAAAACUUGCCCAAAGGCCAAUAUCCGACGGGAGGUAGGCGGUGAUGACCCUGGGACCAGAUCACAUCUGAGGGCAAGGGAUUUUAUGGCCAACAAUCUUGAACAUCUCGAGUUACUGAAGAAAAUGGGAGUCAGUUUAAUUCAUCUGAAGGAUGGCAGGGUCCAGUUGGUUCAGCAUGCAAACCAGGCAGCCAGUGCACAUGAUGCUGAGGAUGGCCUGCGCUUUAUGCAGGAGAUGAUUGAAUUGUCGAGUCAGCAGCAGAAGGAACAGCUGCCACCCCGAGCUGUCCAAAUUAUCUCCCACCCAUUCCUUGGUAGAGUGGUACUUACUGCUGGACCAGCACAGUUUGGAACGGAACUUUCCAAAAUUACCAGUGGGGUUCGAGGUUUUGUUGCUAAGUGUGAACCCUAUAAUGGUUGUUCAGAGUUAACAAAUCCUGAAUCGAUAAAGGGAAAAAUUGCCCUGAUGCAACGUGGGCAUUGCAUGUUUGCUGAGAAGGCACGGAAUGCACAGAAAGCUGGGGCGAUAGGUGGAAUUGUCAUUGAUGACAAUGAAGGAAGCAGCAGUGAUACAGCUCCCCUCUUCCAGAUGGCUGGCGAUGGAAGGAGUACUGAUGAUGUCACAAUCCCAAUGCUUUUCCUCUUUAAUAAAGAAGGAAAUAUUAUACUCAGUGCCAUGCAGGAGUACCAGCAAGUGGAAGUGCUGCUAUCGGAUAAAGCAAAAGAUAGAAAUCUGGGCAUGGAAGACUCAGAACAGAACUCAGAAGAUGACUUGCAGACAACGGGGCCAAACCCGACCAGUUUCGAAUGUCAGAAUGAAGCAACAUCCCACACUAAAAGUCCCAGCAGUGAGAAACUGGAUGAAUCAGCAAGCCAGUGCGAUGCGAGUGAUCAGUCAAUCGUACCUGAUACAAAGACACAGCAAAGUGAUGAUAUUUUAUGUGCAUCUGAUCAGAACCCAAUUGUAUCUGCCACUGAUGUGUCUUCAGAUACUGGUGAUGUGAAAGAUCAUAAAGAUGUACAAAGGACAGAUAGUCAUGGACCUAUUGAAAAUGAACAGGAAUCUUGUGCCCAGACUUCAGAUCAGGGAAAGAAAGGGACUGACAGUGAAGUAGAAACAGAGCAAGAAUCCAGUCCAAAUAUCAGCCAAGAAACAGAGGCUCGGACCAUAGACUCCUUGUUAUCGGACUGGAAGGAAGAAAUAGAUGCCUUUGAAAUGAUGGAUAAGGACGAACUAUGACCGUGAAUCAUACUUUUGUAUGAUGGGAGUUUUUCUUUUCCCCAGAAGAUCUGGGUGCAAUUGUGCACAGUAACAUUCCCUGACCACCUGGAAGAAUCUGAUGAUCAAUUUCUGAUUUGUAUCAAUUUGUACGUGUGAAAAGGGGGUCAGAUUUACUGGUCGUCAUUUCUGCCAGGUCAUUACUUGAUUCACUUGAAGAUGCCAGUCACACUAAUGCUUCUUCCUGAUGCAGCACAUCUCUGAUUCAACUGAUUGAGAAAUGUGCAGAAGUUAUGGGAACGUUUAUUCCAUUGUUUUCUACUUCUCCCUCCCGCCCCACUCACAUGCACACUUCUUCUUUGUUGCAGAGCAGCAAAACCUUGUUGCUAAAUUAUUGCAGGUUUCCUUUCAAAACCACAAAAUCCUGUGGCAUUUUUCCAGUGUAGGGUUACAGAUUUACAACUACUCAUAUACCUGAUUGGAAUAUCAGAUUGCUUAGUUUAUGGUUUUUAAUCCCACAAUUACUGAAAUAUGAUUUGAAUUCAUUGUUUUCAUUAUUUUUGAAAGGUAUUUAAAAUAAUAUUUGGUAAAACUGUCCUAGAGCAAUGAAGUUCAUUAAGUUUUGACAGCACAAUUCCACCUAAAUUGAGAGAAAGGUAAAUUACGUGAACUUAAUGUUGUCAAAUUACUACUUUGGAUUUGUAACUUUUUUAACAUCUGAUUUACUUGUUCUAUCUUAACUUUUUAAAGUUUUAUUCCCCCAUUCCAUUCCUAAGCCUUUUCUCUUCUUUGCAAUAUGCUACAGGGAUAAUACCCAACCUAUUCAUGCAUACAAUAAAGACUGACAAGGGGAAAUGUUUUCAUCCUUUACCAAUAGACAUAAUGAGCUGUGUUUUCUCAGUUGAGUCAAGAUCCUGACGUUGGCCUCAGUUCCGGGUCAUGAACAUGGAAGUGGCUAUGGUGGGAUGUUGGGUUACAAUCAUUGCGGAGCUAGCCUAUUUAAGAAGCUGCGUUUGGGAGCCCUGUCCAAUUAAGGAUGGUGCGCAGGCCAGGGAGUAGAAGGCCUAGUAGAGUAGCCUGCAGCAAUGCCUGGCUGAAUUACCACCAGGAGAAGUGAGCACUGCUGGAGAAGAGAGAGACCUAGGGUUGCUUCAAAAUUGAGUAAAAGGCUUCAGGGUGGAGGAAUAAACCCCUCUGGAACAAUACUAUGGGCCAAUUCUGGCCCGUGAGCCCUGCAGCCCCUUGAUACAGCCAUUUAAUGUGCCUGCAGUUGCCCGCGCCCCUCCUGGCAAGAAGCCACCUGCAAGAAGCUGACAGGCUCUGCACUGAGCAUUGAGCUGCUCCAAUGGCACUUUCAGAAAAUAACCUGUAAGUGGGGCUUAAAUUAAACUGAUUGAUCGCCUAUCUCAUUGGAGUGUUUUACCAACUUUGGUCCCAACCCACCCCAGGAACUUCCCACAGAGAUGGGAAGGUGUUAGAGAGCCAUCCCAAAGCAGCUUCCCCCUAUUUUCCUACCACCCUCCCUGCACCUCUUCCAAAGCCUCUACAUGGGGCAUUGAAAAUUCAGCCCUACAUUGCACAUAAACCUGUUCCCUCUGUUCCGUGGAUUUUAGCUGAAUACUUCUACUGCUGUCGGAUCCAGUUCCAAUGUUAGGCUGGAGUUCAUCUUGUUAGUUUCCAGUCACCAUGUGUCAGCUUCUCCAUACUGGUUAAACGCACAUGAUUUACUGACUGACUAGUCUGUAAGAUUAUUUUGGAUAAUUAUUUUGUCAGCAUUUCAAAAAAUUAUCUAUCUAACUGAAUUGUAAAGCCACAGAGAAGAAUGUUAUUCUAGAUCGGUACUUUGGAGGAUUUUAACCCUGCAGUGUGUUUUUAAAAAAAAGUUUCAUUUAGAAAUUUUUGUGAAUAUCUUUAAUAGAUGAUCAAACUGACUGACAUUGAGCUGUUUGCAGGGGUAUUUCUCUGUCACAGACUUUUUCUACUUGUGAUAACCUGGAAUGGUUCAAGUUAUUUUACAUGUGAAUGUUUCAUUUUUGAAACAGCAUUUGCUUAUCCAUAGGAUUUAAAAUCAUUUCUACCUUUUCUUUCUACAAGACGCAAUAGAACUUUAUAUAGUUCAUUGACACUAACUUAAGUACCUCUUCAUGUGAUUCACCACCAUACCCCACCAUUAGAAACAACUAAAUGAUAAACAUCUUUAUGCUCCUGUUAUGUGCCUUAGAACAUUUUACAAUGUUAAAGGUACUAUAUAAAUGCAAGUUGUUGCACUUGUUGCCUCACUUUGUUCUUCAGUACACAUGAGUUUAGUUGGCAAAUGUGCUGCCCAGUGUGCUGCUGCGUCACGUGGACCAGAUUCCAGCUGUGUUGUUGAAUUGGCUGACCUCUGUCGAAGGACUGACCUCAUCAUCACCAGCCCAGAAAGGGAAAUGUGGAAAGUGAAUGUGUGAGACAUCACCAAGAGAAUUUCUAGCUCAGUUCAGCAGGUUGAGGCAAAUGGGUGUUCAAUGGCUGUAUGGCCUCCUGGCUUUUACUACCUGGACACAUGAAGACACUUGGGUACACAGGAAAGCUUCCAAGACUUGUUGACCUGUAUCCCCACAAAGGUAUUAGGAGAGGAAAUAAAGAGAGAAGUAUUUAUAUUAAAAAAAACACAUGUUUCAUGGAUCUGAAUUUUUUCCAACAAAUUAGUUUACAAUAAUAAUAUACUUGUAUCCCUGUAUUCUUUGUAAAGGUUAUAACCUGGUACACACAGGUUAUGAUCUGGAUCUUAUUGCACUAGCAGUUAGGACAUACCAAUUCAGAUUGCAGAAAAUCUUAUAAACUAAUUUCCUACAAUCCAUUUGAGCUGGGAGCUACUACUCUAUUUUCAAACUAUUGCAGAAUGUUUGAUAUUUUGGAGUUUUAUUUAACUAUUGAAUGCAAUGGACAUGUCAGAUCUUGUUAUGUUUCCCAGUUUGUAAUAUUGUGGCUUGGUUCAGUAAUAUACUUCAUAUUAAAAUCUACUGGGGAGGACAGUGUGCACUCUUCAAGGACUAAACUACCACUGCACAUUGCAAAAUGUGCACAUCUUUGUUCUAUAAAUAUAUCCAUAACAAAACUAAUUUGCACAAUAUUCUUAGAGACAUUUUCUUUACUAUUUAUAUCCUUGAAUAUUGAAAGGUAUUAUAUUUUCUUUAUGGUGCAGAAAUGGUCCUGCAAUUUUCAAAGGGUAAAGUUGUCAAGGACCUUUGGAAAGCUAGGCUCUUGUUUCACAGUACUGUUGAGUUGACAAUCUGUAUGUCACUAUUAUUCAGUAUCAGAUGGUUAUUAUCUCAGUAAACCAUCAAUUGUGCACAUUUUCAAAGUGUCUGCCCCAUGUUAACUUCAUGUUGUAUAUCACCGUUCAUAAUUAGAUCACAUAAUUAUUGAUGGAUGUUAAAUCUGUUUUGUUCUAUAAUUCCUUUAUAAUUUGGAGCAGGUAUCUGGCAGAUAUACAGAGAGCUUUUGCUUAGGUGUUGCUGAACACAGAGGUAUAGACUUAGUUGUUAAUUUACUGACCCAAAUAUUACAAUUAUUGUCCUAGAAGAUGCAUUAGGGAGGAUAUGUUUUUAAAUUCUAUCCAUUUCUGAAUAAUACACAUUCACUAAAGACAGAUGCAUCUGUGGUAAUUAAAUUGUUGCUUUACUGCUAAAUGUGACAAAAUAAGGGACUAAAAUCAUUUUAUUUUAAAUUGGGAAAGGCAAAUAGGCAUACGAUUUGACUGUUUCUUAAAGUCCAGUAGGUGGCACUGUCUUUAGCUGUUCCCUCUUCACAAUGGUUCCAGUGUGGGUAACGAAUACUUGUGAAUUGGGUUAACAUCAUAUGAUGGGAAAUAUCAGUUUCAUCUUGAAAUUUGAAAUGUGCAAACAAGGUAUUCAAAUGUGAAACUGCUUAAUAUUUUUAAAUGCAAAUUUAGUAAUGUAUAAACAUAAGAGAUGGGUGUGUAUUUGUCUUUUCAAAGAUUUUAAUUUGAACUGAAAUUAGAUAUCAUAUUGGGAUCUGUUCCUUUAGUGUGAUUGUGGCAUUGCUGCAUUAAUCAGACAGAUACGGAGUGUCUAUAGAAUUUAAACAGCAGGUACAGUGCGAUGUAUUUCUAAAAAGAAAUGGUGUAUACACCUCAGAAGCCCUGUAAAUAAAAAGGACAGCUGUAAAAUGCAAACUGUGAUGUAAAACAGUCUGGUUAAUUUUGUAGAUACGAUCACUGUACAUAUUUGUGCAUUUGAUUACUGUGAUUAUUUCUGAUUGUAAAGAUUUAAUAAACUAAUGUAAAUAUAA